UUUGCAAAGUGGAAUCCUAUUCCACCAAGAUGCCGAUGAAGGGUAUUUCAGUUCUUCUGCUGCUACAAGUGGCUUGCUGCUUUAGCUCUGGGAAGUGUGGAAAGGUGCUGGUGUGGCCCACAGAAUACAGUCAUUGGAUGAACAUCAAGACAAUCCUAGAUGAGCUUGCCCAGAGAGGUCAUGAAGUGACUGUUCUGACAUCUUCGGCUUCCAUUCUCAUUGAUCCCAGCAAACCAUCUGCUAUUAAAUUUGAGACUUACCCCACAUCAGUCUCUAAAGAUGAAUUUAACAAUGUUAUCAUGGAAGUGAUUCAUACAUGGAUCUACAAGAUGCCAAAAGAUGCAUUUUGGUCACAUUUUUCUAUACUACAAGAACAACUUUGGAAAUUUCAUGUUGUGGUUUAUAAGCUCUGUAGAGAAGCAGUUCUGAACAAGAAUCUCAUGAUGAAGCUACAAGAAUCAAAGUUUGAUCUUGUUCUUUCAGAUCCUGUUUCUCCAUGUGCUGAACUCCUGGGAGAGCUGCUUAAUGUCCCUUUCAUGUACACUCUCCGCUUUACUCCAGGCUAUGAGUUAGAGCGGCAUCAAGGAGGAAUGCCCCUUCCACCAGCCUAUGUGCCUGUUGUUUUGUCAGAAUUAAGUGAUCAUAUGUCAUUCAUGCAGAGGGUCAAAAACAUGAUUUAUGUUCUUUAUUUUGACUUCUGGUUUCAAUUUGUGAAUGAGAAACUGUGGGAUCCCUUUUACAGUGAAGUCUUAGGCAGACCCACUACAUUACAUGAGACUAUGAAGAAAGCUGAAAUGUGGCUCAUUCGAACCUAUUGGGAUUUUGAAUUUCCUCGUCCUUUCUUGCCGAACUUUGAAUUUAUUGGAGGGCUCCACUGUAAACCUGCCAAAUCCCUGCCUAAGGAAAUGGAACAGUUUGUUCAGAGCUCUGGAGAAAACGGCAUUGUGGUCUUUACUCUGGGAUCAAUGGUCAGAAACAUGUCAGAGGAGACUGCCAACAUGAUUGCGUCAGGCCUUGCGCAGAUUCCACAAAAGGUUCUAUGGAGGUUUGAAGGCAAGAAACCAGACACAUUAGGGAAAAAUACUCGGCUGUAUAAGUGGCUUCCCCAGAAUGACCUUCUUGGUCAUCCAAAAACCAAAGCUUUUAUAACUCAUGGUGGGACCAAUGGCAUCUAUGAAGCCAUCUACCAUGGGGUCCCUAUGGUGGGCAUUCCUCUGUUUGCUGAUCAACCUGACAACAUUGCUCAUAUGAAGGCAAAGGGAGCAGCUGUUGGUUUGAACUUAGACACCAUGUCAAGCAAAGACUUGCUCAGUGCACUGAAGACAGUAAUUAAUGACCCUUCGUAUAAAGAGAAUGCCAUGAAGUUAUCAAGGAUUCAGCAUGAUCAGCCAGUGAAGCCUCUAGACCGAGCAGUCUUCUGGAUCGAGUUUGUCAUGCGCCACAAAGGAGCCAAGCACUUAAGGCCAGCUGCCCAUGACCUCACCUGGGUCCAGUACCACUCUUUGGAUGUCAUUGGAUUCCUGCUGGCGUGUGUGGCAGCUACUGUAUAUAUCAUCACAGCAGGCUGUCUGUUUUGUUUCCGGAAGUGUACUAAAUCAGGGAAGAGAGAAAAAAGAGACUAGCUGCAUCUGAAACCAGGAUCUGGUGUGCUUCAUAGAUGGGACUCCUCCAUCGCACUCACAGGCAGAAGUUGAAAACAAGAUCAGAAGAGAAAACACUAAGAAGAACCUGAACUGGAGUUGGUGUAUUGCACCAAAGUAAAAGACUCUGGUGUGGGAUGAUGCGGGACGGGGGGGAGAAUACAUGUCCUGGAAAAGGAUGACAGAGGAUCUAGUGGGGGUUGUAUUGUUAUGUGAGAAACUGAGAAAUAUUGUGCAUGUACAAGCUAUUGUAUUUACUGAUGUCUGUAAAAUAUUAAUCCCCCAAUAAAGGAAAAUAAAAAGCCA